CAUAGAGUAAAAUUAGAGGGGGACCAGCUGGUUACCCAUAUUUGAACUAUGAGAUUGGUUAUCCUCGAUAAAUUUUCAAACUGAGAUGGAAAAUAAAACUGAGAAUGAGAACGGGCCAUCGAGUGAAUCCUCGGUAUGGAGUAGAUCCAGUUCUGAUGAGAGCAAAGAGAAGGAUUCUUCUUCUUCACCGUCUUCUCCGUUAGGAUGGCCUAUUCGAAAAGCUCAAAAAGAUGUUGUGAAUUCAAAUAUUUCAGAAUUGGAGAUGAUGAAAGAGAGAUUUUCAAAAUUGUUGCUUGGAGAAGACAUGUCUGGUAGUGGGAAAGGAGUUUGCACAUCAUUGGCUAUUUCAAAUGCGAUAACCAAUCUAUGUGCUACUAUAUUUGGACAAUUGUGGAGACUAGAACCAUUGCCUCAGGAAAAGAAAUCGAUGUGGCGAAGAGAGAUGGAAUGGCUUGUUGCUGUUAGUGACCACAUUGUUGAAUUAAAACCUUCUUGGCAAACAUUUCAUGAUGGAAGUAAGCUUGAGGUUAUGACUAGUAGACCAAGAGCAGACCUUUUUAUUAAUCUUCCAGCUCUACGAAAACUUGACAAUAUGCUUAUUGAAAUACUAGAUAGCUUCACCAAUACCGAGUUUUGGUAUGUGGAUCAAGGGAUAAUCGCGGCUGAGGAUGAUGGUUCAGCCUCUUUUCGGAAAGCUAUCCAGCGGCAACAAGACAAGUGGUGGCUGCCUGUCCCAAGGGUGCCUCAUGGUGGUUUGCUUGAUGACACAAGGAAGCAGUUAAAUCACAAACGCGAAUGUGCUAGUCAAAUUCUGAAAGCUGCUAUGUCAAUAAAUAGCAUUACAUUAGCUGAGAUGGAAGUUCCUGAAUCAUAUUUAGAUGCUCUUCCAAAGAAUGGAAGAGCGUGUUUAGGGGAUGUCAUCUACCGCUACAUAACAUCAGAGCAUUUCUCCUCCGAGUGCUUGCUUGAUUGUCUUGAUCUGUCAACUGAAUGUGUUGCCUUAGAGAUAGCAAACCGUGUGGAGGCUUCAAUUUACGUGUGGCGAAGAAGACAUCAUCCUAGACCUCCAACUAAUCCAAAUCGCUCCACAGCAAAAUCAUCUUGGGAGAUGGUCAAGGAUCUAGUGGUUGAUGGAGACAAGAGGGAGUCGCUUGCUGAGAGAGCUGAAAACCUCCUACUUUGCCUGAAGCAGCGAUUCCCCGGCCUAACCCAAACCACUUUAGAUACCAGCAAGAUUCAGUACAACAAGGAUGUAGGAAAGUGUAUCUUAGAGAGCUACUCAAGAGUCCUUGAGAGUCUGGCUUUCAAUAUUGUUGCACGAAUUGAUGAUCUACUACACGUGGACGCCUUAACUAGGAACUCGUCUGUUCCUACAGGCAAUGUCAUUAACCACAAAAAAGUGUCAAUCCCAUAUUCAGGCACCCCAUAUAGAACACCAAAUUUUUCACCUGUGCCUCUGAUAAGCCCGGUAAGGGGGGAGAGAACUCCAUUCCUCAGUGCAAAUAGUAACAAACUAACUGGACGUGGCUUCGGAGUGAAGAGAGUCUUGUCAAAUUAUCUUGGCUGUGAAGCAAAGACAAAGAAUUCUGGAAAUGCCACUUCUAACAAGAGUUCUGAUCACACUAUUCAAAGUCCAGAGCUAUAUCUUCAAGCCGGAAAAGGUCUACGAUCAAUAGACCGUUGAUUGUGGAACUAAAGUUAAGAAUAUUAGGAAUGAAUAGAGCAAAAUGAUAGAUACUUCUGCUGGACUAUAUUGUAUUAUCCCCUUUUUUUACAUUAUAGUUUGUUUACACUU